AUGAUGCAUCCUGAGACGGAUCCGGUCUUUUCGUCCUACAUCCUCGGCACGGCGGCCGACUGGCAAGAUCUAGUAUGGCGUACCCACAUACAUGAAAAGCUGAUCCCUAUCGCCGUUUUAUCGGUCGUGCAUGCUGUCCGUAUCAGCCACGGCACGCGCAUGUUGAGCGGCGGUAUCCACGGCCGACUGGGUCUGUUCCAGAGCAUCGUGCUCAACCUCAUCGUGCUUUUUGGAUCGUCAUGCCUCUUGUCCUUGUUACUCGGUAUGCCAUCGCCCCUCCUAAUGUCUCCCUUUGCGAUUGCGCUCUACACGUCUGUGCACACCAUAUUGUACGUAUCGGGGCUCGGCACGUUUUUCGUGCAGCUCCAUUCCAAGCCAUCACUCGCGCGUUGCUUUGAUCUGGUAUUAGCAUGUAUUGAUGCUGUAUGCCGUACGGAGGGUAUCGUCAGCUUGGGUCUCGUUCAGGUCCAGCGACACGCGAACCCUGUCAUUGCGUCGUCGUGGUUCGUCCAGAUUCUUGCUGGUGCGCUCGUAUCGGGUGGUAUGCCUCUGAUCGCUGCCACAUUUCAUUUACACUCGCCUAUGGGGCUUUGGCAAAUGGGCACGCCUGCAUGGGUUCAGCAGCCUUCCCGCCUCUUGCACGCAGAUCUCAUAGGCGGGGCUGUUGCCUCCCUGCUAUUACUCGUGCUUACCAGUGGACAUCUCGAUGCCAAGGUGCCGUGGAUACCGCGUCCAUCGCCUACCUUUGCACAAUGGCUUUCUUUACGGCACAAGCCCGACAUGCAUCGCGUCACGCACCUGCCAUAUCUGUCCCUACGCGAGGCUAAAGCCCUCGGCACACUCACCCUGUUCCUCUGUCUCACUCUCCCCAUUCUAUUCCGUCCAGCUGUACAAAAAGAGGCCAAGAAGGCCAAAGAAUAA